UCAGACGCUCUGGCUCAAAAGUCAGGGUUCCAAUUUCUCCCAGACUCUGAGGCCCCGCCUCCGCGGGCACCUGUGCUUGGGCCAGCUCCUCUUGGGACUCAAAGCUCCACCCUUGGCCCGCCUUCAUUAAGCCCGGGAGUAGGUACCGCUGCUGGCUACUCCUUAUCCAAAGAGUAAUUCCCAGUGAGGAGAGACAGCACCUCUGGACAUUUUCUUCCUCUUCCCAUCCCGGACGCUCGGCGUGAGCUACCUCCAAACCCCGCGGCUGUCUCUGGGCCGGUGUAUGUCAUGAGCCCCGCGUCCCACAGGGCACCCCCGACGCUGGGGCACCCUGGGCUCCUAUCGUUGCUGCUGCUGCUUCUGUACCUGUCCAAGGCUCACGGUGAAUGCAAUAUCCCUCCGGAUAUACCCAAUGCUAAGCCAGAACUGAAUGGUGUAACAAGUUUUCCUGUUGACACCACUGUAACAUACAAAUGUAAUGAAGGAUUUGUAAAAAUGCCUGGCAAGUCAGACUCACUGGUCUGUCUUCAAACCAAUAAAUGGUCAAAGUUGUCAGAGUUUUGUAAUCGUACAUGUGAUGUCCCACCUUUAUUACGUUUUGCUUCACUCAAAAAGCAGUUUAGUAAACAGAACUACUUUCCAGUGGGUUCUGUUGUGCAAUAUGAGUGCCGGCCAGGUUAUAAAAGAGAUCCUUCUCUGCCAGCAAAGCUUACAUGCCUUCAGAAUGUGGUGUGGUCCAAUGCCUCUGAAUUUUGUAAAAGAAAAUCAUGUCCAACUCCUCCAGAGCUCCUACACGGUCAUGUUGAUAUAGCAACUGACAUCUUAUUAGGCUCAGUCAUCACCUAUACUUGUAAUGAAGGAUAUAGGUUAUUGGGAGCAGAAGACAGUCAUUGUAUUUUUAUGGAUAAAAAUGUUGUUUGGAGUCCCCCACCUCCAGAGUGCACAGAAAUUUUAUGUCAAGAACCUCCAAAAAUUGUUAAUGGAGAAAUCCAAGGCAAUCAAAACAGUUAUAAAUAUGGAUCAUCCGUAACUUAUACAUGUGAUAAAAACUUGUCACUUAUUGGGGAGAAGUCUAUUCAUUGUACUGUUAAAGAUGAACAAGGAGAAUGGAGUAGCCCUCCCCCUCAAUGCAAAGAUGUCAGGUGUGAAAAUCCAAUAGUUCCAAAUGGGCAAAAGAAAUCCCCAUCAAAACCACCUUAUAGAUAUCAGGACACCUUGAUAUUUGACUGCAAUCCUGGAUUCAUCCUGGUGGGCAAUAGCACAAUCCAAUGUGGUUCUGAUAAUAAGUGGACUCCUGGUAUUCCACUAUGUAAGGGAAUUACCACAGUGGCCCCAACAACAGUUAAAAAAUUGACCACAACAAAUGCUCCAGCAACAGAGGCCCCACCAACACAACAAGUCAACCCAACAAAUGCUCCAACCACAAAGGAACAAUCACUAACAGAACAAGCCAAUGCCACAAGCUCUCCAGCAACAGAAGUCCCACCAACCAUGCAACAAGCCAAUGCCACAAGCUCUCCAGCAACAGAGGCCCCACCACCAAUGUCACAAGCCAAUGCCACAAGCUCUCCAGCAACAGAGGCCCCACCAACCAUGCAACAAGCCAAUGCCACAAGCUCUCCAGCAACAGAGGCCCCACCAACCAUGCAACAAGCCAAUGCCACAAGCUCUCCAGCAACAGAAGUCCCACCAACCAUGCAACAAGCCAAUGCCACAAGCUCUCCAGCAACAGAGGCCCCACCACCAAUGCAACAAACCAAUGCCACAAACUCUCCAGCAACAGAGGCCCCACCACCAAUGCAACAAACCAAUGCCACAAACUCUCCAGCAACAGAGGCCCCACCACCAACACAAGCCAAUCCAACAAAUGCUCCACAAACAAAGUCUCCACCACCAAUACAACAGGUCAAUGUAACAAAUGUUGCCACAACUCCCACCCCAACAACAAGCAAAAGAUCCACCACAACAACGCAGAGUUCUACAAAAAUUGUCACCACUCUUCGUCCUUUUAAAACUACAUCUUUUCACACAACAAGACGAGUGACAGAAAUGAGUGCGAAAAGAACCACUCCUUCAGGUGCUGCCACCUCUUUCAGUGGUAAGUUCAACCUUCAGACAUUCUUAGAUUGUUAUCCUUAUCCAUGUAAGAUAUUUUCCAUUUAUUCGGACCUCUUGGUGAUCCCACGUCACUCUUCUUUGAAUGCUAUUGAAAUUAAAUGCUUACGUGAAGCAAAGAGAGAUCAAAUAAAUAGAGGGUAUGUACAAAUGUUGCUGAAAUGCAGGAGAUGCUACCAGAGACCUGCUUUGUUCUCAAUUUCUCCCAUAUCUAUUCUGAUGAGAAGGAUCUGAUCAUACUCAAUGUCUACCUUGUGCCAAGUAACCUUCUAAUCACUGCGAUGAAAUCAAAAAGAAUUAAUUAAGAUACAGUUCCUGUCUUCAAAUAAUCCAUAAUCCAUUGCACAAUUCCUACUGUUCAUGAUCACUAUUGGCUUUCAAAAUAUAUAACCAUUACAUUUUUAUGCCUUUGAAUUCUUUUGGGAUAACUUGACUUCUAUAAACAGAUUAUUCAGAUUACUUACUUGUUUGUUUUUUACUUCAGUUAUAAUUAAACUUUGAAAAAAAGUGAUGUAUUCAAAGUUACAGAAAACAUUUAAUUGUGAGAGUGGGUAAAAUCUUGUAGAGACUUUGGUUCAUAGUAUUAAUAUAAAUAAUGACCAAACUGGCUCUUGGAAAUUCCAGCAAUGAAAAAAAGUGAAAAGAGGGAAGGAUCAAAAUAUUAUACAAGUUUAGCAGCAGAUAGGAGCAAGACAUGAAGAUUUCAGGCUAGAAUUAAAGGGCUGAACCUUUGCUUGACUAAACAAGACAGUCUCCUGAAUGUCAAGUAAAACUGGAGCUAUAUUGGAAGAUUAUCAUUGGGUAGAUGGAUCUGGAGAAUAUCCCUUUAUACCAUCUUCCUCUCACACACUCCGAGGCACAACCUAAACCCUAACUUCUUUGUUCACAUACCUGUAUAACUACAGAAACAUUUUAAACCUGUAGAUUUCUGAUUUAGAAGGGACUGGAGAGGGAGAGAGCGGACUAUUUUUGUCAGUUAGCCAUUCACAAUCUCUCUGUUGUGUUGAUGUUAGCACAUCUCAUAUUGCAGUAAAAAAUCAGGAAGAAUUAAUAACUAGGAAGGAAAGAAAGAAGAAUGGAGGGAAAGAAGGAAUAGAGUAAGGGAUGUAAAGGAUGGCUAAAAAUAGAAACUAGGAGGUUAAAGGUCUUAGGGAAGGAUAAAUUCCAACAACAUCAUAUGAGAUUUUAAGUUAGCUUAACAUGCUUGAUAUGAAAAACAAAAUUUCAUUUUGCUAAACAAUCCCGUCUAUAAGUAGACAGCAGGGAGAACAACCUAACAAUGAAGAUUCUUAGAUGAGCAAAACCCUUAAAACCUGAGGAUGAAGCAGAUAAAUUUUAUAAUUCCACCAAGCAAAAAUAGAUUAGAUACUGUUGGAGGAUAUCAAUUUUAAAAAUGGUAAGAUGAGAAUUUGAGAAAUAGUGUUAGAUAUUUAGUCUCAAACGUGAGAUUUCUCUACAUUUUUUAGUUUUGAAUCAUUUCAAAACAACGUGUUUCUUAAUCAUAUCACAUUUAAUAGUUUUCCCUUCCACACCUAAUUUGGUUACCAAAAUGUUUUUCUUUCAAGGAAUUGUUGGUGGUCUCAUAGUAAUGGCUGUUCUAAUAGUACUUCCAGUUUUCGUCAAACUUCUUUAUAACUAUGGGAAAUCAGGGUGAGCCAAAAUCCAAAAAUUAUUUUCCUCUUCUGAUUUGUUAGCAUCUUUCCCCAUAAAACUCAAGUUGGAUGCUACAUCUCCUGAAAACUUUCUGAGCACUAUUGCACCUUUGACAUGUGAAUGCCUUUUUGUCUUUCUAUAAACCUUUAAUUACUCUCUUUCAAGGCUUUUAUCAUGACCCAAGUGUAUGCAGCAGCACAGAGAUAUAGGGGGUCUCCAAAGUCUUCAGACUGUUUUAGUUUCCUAAUAGUUCAAGGAAAUUUUAAAACUUGAAUUUGGUUUAUUUAUUUAUUUUUCCUGCUGCAUAAAAGAAAAAAAUGCUAACUGGUCUGAUUUCCCAUUAACUCUUCAAUUUACUGCAUGAUGCUAGUUGUGAGUUUCAUAACCUUUAUCCAUCUAAAACCCAGGAAAACCUAAACAAACCUGUAGUCGUAUUUGGGAUGUGUGUCUGAAUGGAACUACUUGCUAAUCAAUAAACGUGCUUGAUUUUCUCAUGACAA